AUGUCUCAGUCUCCCUCCCUCCGGCUCUUGGACUCACUAUGGCACCUUGGGCUGAAAUUGCUGUUGGAUCCGCAGUACUUCGUUGUACUUGCUGGGCUGGUAGUAUUGGGUGAUGCAUGUCUGACGCAGCUCAUCAUACGGUUCAUCUCAUACACAGAGAUUGACUGGGAAACGUACAUGUACCAGCUGGAGCUAUACCUCAAAGGGGAGCGAGAUUAUGCACUAAUUUCAGGCCCUACUGGUCCCAUUGUCUAUCCUGCCGGACACGUUUAUGUACAUCAAAUCCUGUACUAUCUUACAGAUGGAGGACAGGAUAUGUGGCGAGCUCAGCAAAUCUAUGGGGCCCUCUACAUCGCCGGCCUCUUCCUCACCACCGCAAUAUACCACAAGGCUGGCAACCUCCCUAACUGGAUACUCCUACUUCUCCCUUUGAGCAAGAGACUGCACUCCAUUUACGCCCUCCGCCUCUUCAACGACUGCUGGGCCGUCCUCGCCUCCCAAGCCGCCGUCCUCGCAUUCGUGAGCAGCUGGGACGCAACGGGCAUCCUCCUCCUCGGAUGCGCGCUCUCCGUGAAGAUGAACGCGCUGCUCUACGUCCCGGGCCUGCUCGUCGUGCUCUUCCAGCGGCGCGGCGCGGCGCGCACCCUCGCCCUCGCCCUCCUCCUCGCGCUCACCCAGGCCGGCGCGGGCCUGCCGUUCCUGCGCGCGCACCCGCGCUCGUACCUCGGGCACGCGUACGAGUUCUCGCGCGUGUUCCUCUUCAAGUGGACCGUCAACUGGCGCUUCCUUGGCGAGGACCUCUUCCUGGACCGGCGGUGGGCGGGGGGCUCCUCGCGGGCCAUCUGGGACGCUCGCCCUGUUCGGGUGGUUAGGUGGUGCAGAAGGGAGGGCGGUGCGUGGAGAGUGGUGAGCAGAGGCUUGUUGAGCCCGUUGAGCGCGCCCGCGAAGCUGUGCCUUAUUGUGCUUGCUUCAGACGUGGUGACGGUGCUGUUCACGUCGAAUCUCAUCGGCAUCGUCUUUGCGCGGUCGCUCCACUACCAGUUCUACUCGUGGUACGCGACGCAAUUGCCGUUCCUCUGCUGGAGAACAAAAUACCCCGUUCCCGUUCUUCUACUCGCCAUCGAGUACGCAUGGAACACCUUCCCCUCAACGAACCUUUCCUCCGGCACUCUGCUCGCCGCACAUUUGCUGUUGCUCGCAGGCAUCUGGUUCGGAUACUCAGAGGGCAAAGUAGCCACCGCCGUUCCAACACACUCCGGACGCUCUGAGAAGGUCGAGUAG